CGAAACCUUCUGCAAAUCAAAACGGAAAUUGUGAAAUACUCAAAAAUAUACAAAGAAAUAUUUUUGUAACACCUUUCUGACAUGUGUGCGCCUAAAAGAAACCAAAUACAUCAACAACAACAACAACAACAAUUGCUGCUCCGAACUGCAGUGCACAGCAUACAAAACUAAAACCAAACAAAUCUGUUAAAGAAACGACAAGUUUCGACAAAAGUGUUAAAGCAAAUAAGCAAAGUUUAGCUCAAGUGAAAAUGCCACGCCUUUGGGCGCUCUGCUUGCUACUGGCCAGCGCCAAGGCGCUGCCUACCAAUCAGCUCAACAAAAGCUGCCGCCUUAGGGCAGCCGAUACAUCCACAGAGCCAACCUGCAGCACGGAUAUCAAUUUGAGGCACAUCCAAUUGCUGGAGCAAUACAUGCUGCCCGAGCUGGAUGCGUGCCAGGACUUUUAUAAGUACGCCUGCGGCAAUUGGCGGUCGGUGCAUGAAGCAGGCGUAUCGGCCAUGUCGCUGAGCGGCGCACGCAUCGAUCAACGCUAUGUGGAGCUGUUCGAGCGUCUGCUGGAUGAGCCACAAGCGCCGGAGCACGAGCUGCCCAUGUAUUCGAAGCUGUUGCGGUACUAUCAGAGCUGCAGGGCAUUGGGUAAGCCGCGCCUGCGUCGCUAUUUGGAGCAGCUGCCGCACACGGCCAACAAUCAUUGGGCAGAGCUGUUGGCGCUGCUGGGACGCUAUGGCUAUCACGAGCACUAUGUGAAGAUCGAGGUGAGCCAGCACAAUGCCACACAGCAUAUGCUGGUCGUGCAGCCGCAUAACUACAAUCUCAGCCUGAAUCUCAGCAUGAUUAUCUACAAAGCUCUAAGGCGACACACGCACGGCCUGCUGCCCAAUCUGACGCAGUUGCGCGAACGCUUCGGGCAACUGGAGGCAACACUGCAGCAAAUGGCGAGACCGGCCAACAGCAGCAGCGAGGAGGAGACGCUUCGCAACUAUACACUAGAGCAACUGCAGCAGGAGCUGCCACAAUUCAACUGGACGCAUGCAUUGCAGCUGCAAUUGGGCGCCACAUAUCCAGGCAGCCAUCAGCUGCUGGUGGAUGAUGUGCCGGCGCUGCGGCAUCUGAUCGCAUUCCUCAACCGGGCCGAUGCACGGCUGCUGCAGUUGUACAGCUGGGCGCGUUUCCUGCAGCAUCUGAUGCAGCUACCCCACAAUCCGCUGAGCAACAGCCACUCCAGCUCCAGGUCCAUUUGUGUGCAGCACAUGCGUAAAACGCUCUACCUGCCCAUGAAUUUUGUAUACGAGCACAGUUAUUAUGGCCGGCAGCGUGCCGCGGACGAGCGGGUCAUCUUUGGCGUCUUUGAGGAGCUGAAAACACAGUUCGCCCAGCAGCUGCGACGCAAUGAGUUUGGCCUGGAGGCCCCGCUGCUCCAGGCGCUGCUGGCUAAGGUGCAUGGCUUGCGACUCAACCUGGGCAACAUGCCGGCCAACGCGAGCACUGAGUUUUAUGUGGAUUGCGAACAGCACUGGCGGGUGGGCGGUGACUUCUAUGAGAAUCAUUUGCAGAGCCUGCUGCACUACUAUGCACAUCUGGCGGAGCUGGAGCGCAGUGCGAAUGCCAGCAUGCGUCAGCUGUGGUACAGCUUCAAUCAUCAUGGACCCGGGCUGACCGAUAAUAUUGAUGCCACGCCGUAUUUCUACUGUCUGGGUAGCAUCAUCAUUAUGCCCUAUGCCUAUGUGCAGCUUCCCUUCUACGACGCACAGUUUUGGCCAGCUCUGCUCUACGGCGAUUUGGCCAACACACUGGGUCACGAGAUGCUGCACGCCUUUGACACCUACUUCGUGGACUACGAUGCCCAGGGUGUUAUGCGCGAUUACAGUGAUCAGUUGCUGCUGAACGACCACUACGUGGAUGCGGUGAACUGUCUCAAUGACAGCGAGGUCUUCAUGCUGAAUGAACGUGCCGCGGACAUCAGCGGCACACGCCUGGCGCUGCAGACCUACAUGCAACAGCCGGCGGAGAGGCGCAACAAUGGACGCUUGUACUUUCUGCAAUUCGCGCAAUUCUUUUGCGGCGAGGAGGCGGACAUAUUCCAUGACACGGGCAGCAAGCGCCUAAACUAUGCGCUGGCGCAGAUGCCCGAAUUUGCAGAGGUAUUCCAGUGUGCCCAGGGCUCGCCCAUGAAUCCCGUGCAGCGCUGCCGAUUCUGGUAGCAUCAUGAAUAUAUAGUGAAUAUAUAGUGUAUACAAUCGUAACUGCUGUAUAGCUUUAA